GCAUUUUAGGGUAGAUACUUUUGGGUGCGGGAUAACAUACCAGUCGAUUCUUGUUCCAGUAUACCUUGACUAUUUUCUCUAGCGAAUACUGAAUAACUACGUGAAACAUUACUAUUUCGUUCGAAAUACUUUACUACACUAGGAAACUAAAAUGUUACUUAGAUGCUUAGUGAGUUUUGCAAUGGUGAUUACCAUUCUGGCUGAAGGCCCUAUAGCACCUACCAUUAAAUCAAAUUCUGAUGAAGUUAUUAUGAUAGACAACGACUCAAAGUUGAAAUGUUCACUCGUUUGGAAUCAGCGUAAUGCUAGAAUGGAUGCAAGAACUGGAAUUUAUAAAAUAGCUUUUAACUAUGACGCACCUACCAUCGAUCCUGUCAGAAAUAAAAAUAAAAUUCACUUGGAUGAAAAAGCGUCUAAUACGUUUGAAAUUGAAAAUAAAUUCGAAAAUAAAGGUUAUGCUUGGUGUAUGGCUUCCUUUGGGGUAUUUGGUCAAGUUAAAUAUUUUGUAUCAACAACGAAAAUUCGAGUUUUACCCAGUGCUUCUAAACCGGGUCAAAAAAUGCUGCUACCUGAUAAAAUUACUAACAUAACGAGAAAUCAAUUUGUUGAAGCACAGAUUGACAAAUAUAAUUGUGCAGCCGCUACAGGCUGUAUUUUUCAAAUUCGUAGCGAAAAGUUUGUAAAUUCAGAACUUGUAACUGUUAAAUAUGAAGACAGUGUUGCCGUUGAUCCCACAACUGGAAAAGUCUAUAUCAUACAAGCAGAUUUCGCACAUGUCAAAGCUACAGAUUUCGUUUUGACAAUUGUAUAUAAACCAAUAGGAACUCAAAGCAUUCUCGGAUUUUUAAAACUUGGAGUGAAAUACCAUAACGAUAUCAAUGCCAAAUCCAAAGACCUCGAACUGCUUCCCUCGGAAGGUGAUAGUGUUGAUAAACUAGUUUAUAAUGGACAAUAUGGUGUUCCGCUAGUCUGCAUUCCCACUGAGAAAGUUGCAGUUGAAUGGUACAACUCAACCGGCAAAUUAGCUAUUCAAAAUUCAGAUUUAUACACUUUCGAUAAAAGUGGCUGGGUUAUGUACAUAAAUAAAGUAAGCAAAAGUACUGCCGGUAAAUACGAUUGUAAAGUUCACAAAAAUAACAAGGUUUAUGAAAAGCCUUUUGUCGUUCGAAUUUUUGAGCCUGUGAAGAUUACCACCAAGCAGCAAAAAGAUGUUAUUGUUAAAGUAAAGGAAUAUGACGCUGCUAUCGAUUGCAAAGCUAAAGGGACUAAUCAAAUCAAAAUGUAUUGGAGAAUAAUAAAAUUUGGUUCAGGUUCAAGUCCGUAUGUUUCAGAUGAGCAACCAAAGGAAAGUUUUGAAUCAGGAGAAAUAACCUAUAGAAAACGUAUAACUGAGAGCACAACCAUUAUAUGCUAUGCUGAGAAUAUUUUGCAAGGAUUUGAUGGUAACAAGAAGAAAUUUUUCGUCGACUCUUAUGCUUAUACUAUCUACAUUAUCCGCAAUAUGAUAAUUGAAAAUCAACCUGAAGAUUAUAGCCUUGCUCUGGGAGAGGACACAACUAUAAAAGUAAGAUUAAGACAUGGAAAUCUAUUUGAAAGGAAUUGCCAAUGGUUUAAAGAUGGAGAGAAAGUCUCUGAAGAUAGAGAAUAUAAGCCUACAGUUGACUAUUAUGAGCGUGAUGUAAUAGAUUGCAUCUUGAAAAUCGAAAAAAUUCAGUUUGAGGAUGAGGGAAAAUAUCACUUGGAAGUAAAUGAUGGGGUGACAACAUUGAUAUCAGAAUCGAUGACAUUAUCCGUUUUGGGAACGACUAGUAAAGAGCCAGGAAAGAUAGCGGAAUCUAGUUUGGCUAAUUUAUGGUGGAUUCUCUUAGUGAUCUUGUUUAUCAUAAUUGUGGUCGUUGUUAUCAUUGUUAUCUGCUUGUACCUGCAGCGAAACAAAGGAGAUGAGUAUAAUAUUGAUAAGCUCGAAAGAAAACAAGGUCUUGAUCCAGAGAAGGAAUUGCGAGAUGAAGAGUUUAAACAUUAUCAAAGAGCUGAGGAGCCUCGAAUGUCCUCCAAGGCUUCUCUCAAUUCCACUGUUAGUCUGGGAGAAGAUGAUGAUAGCUCAAUGCUGGAAUACGGUGAACCAGAUUCCUCUAAAUUUAAUGAAGAUGGCUCAUUCAUCGAGGAGUAUGGAACUGGUCGAAGACGUGGUAGAAACGAUACGGAAGUGUAAAACUGCGAAAUUGUUCACUCUACGGUUUUUCAGUACACUCCUUUCUUUACUGAAACACUGCUUGUGUUCAAAUCAGUUGAAUUGUAAAGUAUUACGUGGGUCUACAAAAAAAUAUAGAGUAGUAUGCAAUUUUUCAAAGUUGAAACUGUUUUCAACAAUGUUAUACUCAUUGUGUGUUUAAAAUUUGAGAACGUAGCUUUGUUUCUUACAUGUGAAAAGCUCAUUAUUGUUUUCCAGCUUUCUUUGGAACUUUUCGAAUCAUAUAUCUAUUGCUAUUUUUAAAAUUCAUAUGUUGAAAUAUUACUUCAUCUUUUUUUUUGCAAGCUUGCCAUAAGCAUACAAAAAAUGCAUUGCAGUUAUGUAUAUAAUAAUUUUACAAAUAUGUGUGUAUAUAUACACACUAUAUAUACUGUAUAUAUACAUAUAUAUAUGUAUUGUUCCUUAUUCAAUAACUUAAUUUUUUUCUAAUUUCUAAUGUUGAGAGGCUUUAAUUAUUUUUUACUACUGAACAUGGCGUUUAGAAAUUAAAUAAAUAUUUUUCAACUAUUAAAAGUUACAAUUUUCCUAUUGUGUUGAUCAUAACUGCAUCUCAUAAACUGCUCUAGAAAGUUGGCGCUUAGAUUCAAAUUCAAGAUAUUGUUCUGUUUUAAAAUAUAACUCUUUGACUUUUAAUAAUUUCUACUGUUUGUUCGUUUUUAGACGAUCAUUUAUUUUCUAUGAGAUAAUUUGAAAUGUAUCAGCUAUCUCAGGUUUACAAUACAACGCAUUAAAAAUAGUCUUGUUAAUUACUCUAAAUCUUUUACUAUUAUACAGCUAAAACUAAAGAUGGAGAGUACACAUCACUCUGGUGGAUUAUUCUUCUCUCUUCUGUGAUUAUAUUGAUAUCUAUGUCGAUAAUUAUUUUCUAUUGCUAUUCCAGAAAGAUGUCUGGGCCCUAUUUAGCUCCUAGUCAUUAUUCAUUCAGUGUAAGAAUAUAGGAUAAACAAAUCCAAUCAGGAAUAUUUUUUCAAUUUUAUUCAAUUGAUUAGAUUUAUUUUAAAGAUAUUUUUUUUAAAAAAAAAAAAACAUACGCUAAAUUUUUCUAGAUAAUCUAAUUUUGUUUUCACUAAAAAAAAAUAAUCUUAGACAUCUAGAGUACCAUCGACAAUUUCAAGGCUAUCAACGAGAAGCGGCUUUCCAGUUGUCGAUUACGAACCAGGAUUCGAUGUUGUUGAAGAAGUUUACAACACCUAUCCAUAUCUAUGAUUGGAUAAAUUGAUUUUUAUAUGAUGAUUUGUCCAAACAAAUAUUCCAGUUUAUAUUGCGAAUAAGUCGAUUUUUAAAGAUUUUUUAUAAAAUAAUUUUGAUAAUCGCUGAAGUUCA